AGGUGAAGAAAGAAAGGGACAGAUAAAGAGAGAGAGAGAGAGAGAGAGAGAGGAAUCAGAAAUGUAGGGAGAGGGAAAGGUGAAGAAAGAAAGAGAGAGAGAGAGAGAGAGAGAGAGAGAGCACACCGUGCGCGCGGACAGAGCGGCCUCAUAUCUGCGCGCGCUCUUGCUGAACUCACAUCUCCACGUUUCCAUCUUCCUAGCGGAAAGUCGCGCGCGCUCCUCAUGCCCUUGAAGCGCACCUUUCCGAUCCCGUUAACCCUUUAACGCGUCGGUGAAUGAGCUCGCGCGCGCGCUCUCUCCGUCUCCGGUCUCACCCGUCCCGCGCAUGAGCCCCGCGCGCUUGAUCUCUCGUGUGCCAUGAAGACGAGCCGCCGGUGUCGCGCGCUGCUCUCCGUGGGCUUGAACCUGCUCGCGCUGCUGCUCUCGAGCACGGCGUUCGCCACGGCGUACUGGUGCCAGGGCACGCAGCGUGUCCCCAAGCCGAGCUGCAGCAAGGAGCGGCGCCACCACUGCAUCGACUACGGAGCCAACGACACCGACCCGAGCAAAGUGCACUACAGCUGGGAGACCGGGGACGACCGCUUCCUGUUCCGCCGCUUCCACGCGGGCAUCUGGUACUCGUGCGAGGAGAACAUCCACGGCGGAGGUGAGAAAUGCAGGAGCUUUAUUGAUCUGGCUCCAGCGUCAGAGAGAGGUGUCCUUUGGCUGUCAGUGGUCUCCGAGGUGUUAUACAUCAUGCUGCUGGUGGUUGGCUUCAGUCUAAUGUGCUUGGAGCUCUUUCACUCCAGCAACGUGAUCGAUGGCUUGAAGCUGAAUGCCUUCGCCGCCGUCUUCACGGUGCUGUCAGGACUUUUGGGGAUGGUGGCUCACAUGAUGUACACCCAAGUAUUCCAGAUCACAGUCAGUCUGGGACCCGAAGACUGGAGACCACACACCUGGGACUACGGCUGGUCCUUCUGCAUGGCAUGGGGAUCUUUCACCUGUUGCAUGGCAGCCUCCGUCACCACGCUCAACUCCUACACGAAGACGGUCAUCGAGUUCCGGCACAAGCGCAAGCUCUUCGAGCAGGGUCUCCGUGAGGAACAGGCCUUCCUCGACCAAGAGGCCUUCCACUACUUCCAGGAUCGCUCUGUGCAGUCCAUCUCCAGCUCGGUGGACCUGUACCCAGGCCACAGUAACGCCCAUGGUAGUGCCUAUAGCGGUGGCCGGGGGAAAAUGCGUGCGCCUUCAGCUUCCGUGGACAUGGCGGACAACGCAGAUUCUCUGGGAGAGGAGCAAUGCUGAGGACGGCUAACCGCAAAGACUUUUUUAUGGUCUGAAUAUAUUCCAACAUGGAGUCGUUAGGAUUGAGAACUCUCUAAGAGAGUCUAAGAACUCUCGGGAAGACAGCUAUGAUUUGUGAUGGACCUAUUUUUGGGGUGUGAACAAAAAUGAGUUUAUAUUUGAUUAUAUAAACAAAGGUGAAAUAUUUUGUGCAUAUGCGAAAAGGAAAGAAAUGAAAAUUGUGCUAAAACUGUGAUGAGAGAUUGAUUGUUGAUUGUGAAUUGAGAACAGGGACAGUUUCUGAACGUAGCCACGAAAGGUGCACUAACACUGCCACACAAAUAACAACACAUUGGCUAUCAACAGGGUGCCUGCGGGUUCUUAAUUAAGUAGUCCGAAAUUACAUUUUACAGAUUAACAGCCUGAAGUACUAAACUGUAAAACUCAACUCUAUAUUUAAUAACGUUUCCUUAUAUGCAAGUUAGUUUGAGAUAACUUUUGAGGACUUUCGGAGGCUGUUCUAAGGAUGCCAUUUUGUUGUUUUUUGGAACUUAGGUUUAUGAAAACGUCUUGAUGUUACCUGCAGACACCCUGUUACACUGAAAUCUGAAGAAUGGUUUUAUAGCCACUGCCAGAUAUGCAAGUGUUGCAUUAUCUAUCUAUAUAUAAAUAUAUAUCGAAUGUCCUCCAUCGCUGAAUAUGCCUUUGUGUUGAAAACAGCAGAUUAGCCGAGUGUUUACAUUCGAUCUCCAGAAAAGCACAGUGUGCAGUGUUUGUCAGCCACAACAACCCAAGACUUGAUAGUUUCACCAUCUUGAAUCCUUGAUUAGAUUAGCCUGUUCUUGAUUUUGUGACUUUCAUAUGCAUUACUGAAUUGUUGAGCAAUGGCGAUCAGUGGCCAGGCCUGUUUAUUUAAUUUAUUUAUUUACUUCAAAUAAUUUUUUUAUGUAUAAGUAAUUGAAUACAUUCUUCUUUGAACGUAUUAAAAUCUAUUUAUCUAUGUAUGCAUUACAACCAUUUGAUGAAAAUGAGUUUCAGACUGA